CUUGCUUGCUUUGCUUUCCUUGCUGACCUUGCUCUAUCACUUAUUGUUUGUUUGUGCAAUCAAUUUAUUUUAUGAGAUUUUAAGCUGGAUUUAUUUUAUAAUUAUAUACAAUUUCUACGUCUGUCCGAAGCAUCAACUGAAAUAAAAUGGAUAACUUAAAGAAUUUUAAUACCAUGGCAAAUGACGAUAAUUGGAGAACUCCUAACUUUCGCCAAGGGAUUGUGACCAGAAUUGAAGACGUCAUACAGCGGUCAGGCAUGCAAGUGGCCCGCAACAGCAGCGAAAUGGAGAAUCAUGUGUUUACAAAAGCCAAAACAAGAGAAGAAUAUAUGAACAUGGUGGCUAAACUUAUACUUCAUGUUAGAGAGAUGUCACAGCCAAAACAAAACCAGGGCGCGGCGAACAUGCAAGGUCCCAGCGCGGGGCAGCAGCCGGCGCCGGCGGCGAGCCAAGCGCCGGCGCCGGCGCCCGGCGGCCAGCCCGGCAUGCCCACUGACCCCAUCAACGCUUUGCAGAACUUGGCUUCACAAGGAACAAGGAAUCAGAUGAUGAACAUGGGGCCGCAAGGACAGAUGCAAGCACAAGGCGUGAUGGGACCCAACCCUGGCAUGGCGGGCAUGCAGCAGCCGAUGGGACAACAGGGACCGAUCGUGUCACAAGGCGGACCACAAGCCCAGACCGCCACGAAUCUGCUGCAGACAUUGAACCAGAGACCACAAAUGAACAUGCAGUUGCAGAAUAAGCUCGGAGGGUCGAUGGGAAUGGUGCCUAAUCAGGGCCAAAUGGUCGGCGGCAUGGGUGGCCUGAACAUGGGGGGGCAACUCCAGAGCCAACUGGGUCCGGGCAUGCAGCCACAGAUGAUGGGCAACAUGAACAUGCCGGGCAACAUGCCCAUUUCCAGCUCCAUGGGCGGGCAGAUGCCGUGCGGGCAGGUGGGCGGCAUGCAGGGGCAGAUGGCGCCUAACUCCAUGCAGGGGCAGAUGCCCGGACAAAUGGUGGGCGGCAUGGGCGGCAAUCAAAUGGUGGGCAUGAAUAUGCUGCACAUGCAGCGCGGGGCGGCGGGCAAGGGCGAGGCGCUGCUGGGGUACGCGACGCGCGCGCCGCCGCCCGCGCAGUUCCUGCGCCAGAGCCCCUCGCCCUCCGCCGCCUCGCCCGCCAUGCAGGCGCCGGGGCCCAGCCCCGCUUCCAUGGGAGUAAUGGGCGGCACGGGCACGAUGCCGUCCCCGAUGGGCGGACUGGGGGGGCUGGGCUGCGGGGGGGUGGGCUCCCCCUCGCCCUCCACCCCUCAACAUCUGUCGCACCACGUCGCGCAGCAAAGAGGCGUCGGCAUGGGCAUGGUUGGUUCUCCGUCUUCCUCACUGAACACUCCAGUCGGCGCCGGCGUCGCGUCGCCAAGUGGAGAAGAAGCCGCAUACAGAGAAAAAGUGCGGCAGCUCUCCAAGUACAUAGAACCGUUGAGAAGAAUGGUGCAUAGGAUGGUCAGCGAAGUGGAGAACGUGGAAAAGCUGACAAAAAUGAAGAAUUUGCUAGACAUAUUAUCCAAUCCCAAUAAACGCAUGCCGUUGGAGACCCUGAUCAAGUGUGAAGUGGUGCUUGAAAAGUUGGACUUCCGGCGGGGGGAGACCAUGUCUGUGCCCACUGCUGGGAAGGAACAAAUCUUCAAUCCCCUUCUUGAAGUGGUAAACAAUUGUCUGUCAUCACCUCUGGCCAAUCACACUUUAAAACGAACUUUCGGAUCCACUCUCGACGCUCUAAACGGACCUGAGAUCAAAAAUGUCCCGCCGCCGCUGAAAAUAGCAAAAUACGAAGAACCCGUGAUGGACAUACCAGAUGUGUUGCAAGGGGAGAUAGCCAGACUCGACUCCAGAUUUAAGGUAUCGCUAGAAACGAUGCAACUAUCAGGCGGCAGUGGCGCCAUCUCACUGAUCGCGCAACUCGACGACGCGUGUCUGCCGUGCGUGGCGGGCGUGCACAUCUCCGUGCCGCGCGACUACCCGCACUCCCCGCCCUCGAGGCUGAGGACGCACUUCAAGGACACCGCCGACGUUGAUUCGCUCAAGGCUAGGGUGGAGAGGGCCAUGGAUGCUAGAUGCGCCAGACUACCAAAAGGUUGUUCGCUCGGGCAGCUACUGGACGCGUGGGAGAUGAGCGUGCGGCAAGCCAGCGCGCCAGGACAGAUCUCGUACACUCCUGUGCCUACGCUAGGACUAUAAUCUUUGUCAAACUGUUUCAUAUAAAUAGAUAAAUCAGUAACACAAUUUAAUAUCGUUGAGUUAGGGCGCGGCCUGAUUGCUCAAUCGUUCUCCGUUGUUUUGACAUCCGUCGACGCAGAAAAAUGUAUGGAGAUUCGACGUACAUGGACGCACGUCAAUGUCGAAUUCAAUGGAAAAUAACGGAGCCGCAUAGUGCUUUGUCAUCGUAACGCGGCGCAACGUAGCAAUGGGGCCUGGCUCUUAGUAUCUCUUAUACAAGUCUCUAACUUACUUUGAGGCUAACUCAAACUGUGUGUUUUGGCCAUGUAUAUUUACACUAUUGGACCUAUCUAAAAAGGUUAUUUUCCAUUUUGAUCUGACUGGGGAUCGAACCCGGAACUUUAGUCAAGAACCUUUAUUUCAAUACCUGAGCAAACAAGGUAUAGACUUCCUCUUAACAUUAACUAUUUAUUUAUAUAUUCUUCUACCUUUAAAUCAAUAUUGCGUCUCAAUGGCAUUUCUUAUUGAGACGCCAUAUUGAUUUAACGUUGGCAAAAUGGCCACCCUAGCAUAUUAACUCGUAAGAAUCAUAUAUUUCUUAAUAAUAAUAGUGAAUAAAGGAUGGUGUCACUAGAUAAUAAUUCCUGAUUUUAAUUUAUGUUUUUUCUGUAACAUUUUCCGAACGAAAUCUGUUAUUUGCCGAAAUUAACUCACGGCACAUCAUUUGUGACAACUCUGCUUACACGCUUUUAUUUACUUGUAUAUGAUUUUUAUUUUGUGUUGUAGUGUUUAAUUUUUGGCAACAAAUGUUCAUUCAUUCAUUCAAAUAUGACCAUGAAAACAUUGCAAAGAAAAGAGAGACUAGUACUAGACUAAAAAAUAUUUUAUUGCUAUACUGAUAUAUUUAUUGUCUUGCGCUGGCGAUUAAUAAAGUUUUAGAGGUGUCUCCCUCGAUAUUAUUUAUCUGUGAUAGCUUUUUUGCUGAAAAUUAUGCAUGUUUUUCGAAAUUCAAAUUUGCACAAAUGAAAUAGACAACACAUUUGUACACAAACUAAAUAAAAUCUAUAACAAAUUAUUAUUUUGUCAUAUUAUGUCAGACUGAACCAACUGAUACCAACGAAUGUAUUUGUAUUAGUGUGGACCAUUAACUAUAGGAUUGGAGUCCCUACCGGCACUACCAAGAACUUUUUGACGGAAAGUAUUGCUAUCUCAUUCAUCUAUAGCCCGACCUCUCUUACUUCCGCGGAUGAAGGUAUACGAUGACUACGUUAUACCUGUGUAUAUACCUACAUAAGAGAGGCGGGGCCAUUAAUGAAAGAGAUAACAAUAUAUACCUAUCCUAUCUUACCUAUAGCUUCGUUGUAUGGAUGUACAUGUUUGAGCAGUUUUGCUCAUUAAACUCUUCCAAUAUUAUUGCUAUCUUUUUCAUAUCUUACGUAACAUUACGAAAGGGAUAGCAAUAAUAUUGGACAAAGAAUUCGUUGGAUUAGUAGGUAGUGUAAAGUUCCUAAAGAUUCAUAAAAAAAUAUUACAUUUUCAUAGUAGCAUUAUUAUUAUAUUUCAUAAAGUGAUGCAAUGUUUUUAUUUUCUAGGAAUAAUUUACCGAAUGAAAUCUUCAAUUUUAAUAAACUAUUUGUUAUUGAAAUUUUUAUUCUGUAGUAAAUUAGGUGUCAAUUUAAAUACAUUUUAGUUAAUAUUAUAAUUGUUUUUUAUAUAUUAUAAGAUGAAGUUGUAAGUACGUAAUAAAUGUGAUUUUGAAUUA